UUAUGAAUUGAUACAUUACUUUUGGGUUAAUAUUUGGUGAUCUUUAUAUAUUUGCAUAUGUUUAAUUCCAAUUUUGAUCAUAUUUCUCCAAACAAGAUUUUUAUGAGCUUUAUGAUGUUUUUCCAUCUUAUGCAUGAUUUAUUUCUCAUUAUGUGAAUUUGGUCUUGUAGGGUACUAAUGGGUUCAUGAUUCAAGUGGAGGCAUGGUUCAUUCAACCAAAUGGAGCCCAAAACCCUAACUGAUCUGAAAUUGAGCUUGGAUUCGAGUCAAACCCCAGCUGGACCAAAACCUAGGUAUAAAAGGGAAUUUUUGGCACGGUGAACAGUGAGCUCGCGCUACUGUUCAUCGUGCCAGUUUCUUGACGGCGCGGUCGCAGCUCCCUUCCUUCUUCCAAAUCUUCGAGCAACCUUGUCCUCAUCGGCGAGGAGUUCCUCAGCUUCCAGCAACCGGUUUCCGACCUUCAGCACCUCUCCAGCGAGCGUUUUUGCAGGCGAAGUACUGUAGCGGCGAGCUGCGAUUUUAAGCUCAGACCAGCGGCGUUCUUCUGCAUUUCAACGUUCCCAGCUUUCUUCAUCAGCUCGCGACGCCAUUUCCAGAAAACGCAGCAGAGAACCAUUUCAGAACUGAACUUCCUGAAAUUUUGUGAGCUAAUGCAAGGAAAUCUGAAUCGUCUUGAAGCUUAAGAACACCAGAUCGAUUUCUGUUUGAGUGUUCUCUGCAGAUUCCUUGUGUGACGGCAAGGAGAAGACAAGUUUGGUUUAAGAUUUGGUGUCUUCCUUUGCAACAUUGCUUGAACUAGACCCGGAGAUUGAAUGAACCUUUUGGGCUUUAAGGAGACAAGCUAGGUCAGCAGCAACUUGUGAGAGCAGAAUUUCAGAGAUGGAUAAUCAGAUAACAGAAGGGGAUCGAACUAUGAAAGAGCUUGCAGCACCUGAUGUGGCUUAUAAGUACUCAUGCAUCACUUAUCCAGAUUUGGCAGGAGAUUUUGAACUCAGAUCAGGACUUAUUCAUCUGCUUCCCAAAUUUCAAGGAUUAUCAGGAGAGGAUCCCAACCGCCAUCUACAUGAGUUCCAUGUGGUUUGUUCUACCAUGAAACCACAGGGGAUUUCAGAAGAAGACAUUAAGUUGAGGGCCUUUCCAUUCUCUUUGACAGGAGCAGCAAAGGACUGGUUAUAUUGCCUUCCAGCUGGAUACAUUACUAGUUGGAUUGAUAUGAAGAAAGCAUUUUUGGAGAAAUUUUUCCCAGCUUCUAGGACUGCAACUAUCAGGAAGAGCAUUUGUGGUAUUCAGCAAGUAGUGGGAGAGACUCUUUAUGAUUAUUGGGAGAGAUUCAAAAAGCUGUGUUCGAGUUGUCCACAACAUCAGAUUAGUGAUCAGCUUCUUGUUCAAUAUUUUUAUGAGGGUCUACUUCCUAUGGAUAGGAGCAUGAUAGAUGCAGCAGCUGGAGGAGCCUUGGUGAAUAAGACUCCAAAUCAAGCAAGAGAGUUAAUUUCAAAUAUGGCAGAAAAUUCACAGCAAUUUGGGAGUAGAGCUCUUGGGACUAGAGUGGUUAAUGAAACUCAUUUGGUUUCGAAUGAGCAACAAGAAAUCAGAAACAAUUUGCAAGAAUUGACCUCUCUAGUGAAGCAAAUGGCGUUGCAAAAUUCAAGUCAUGUUUCAAAUUUCCCUUCAUCAAUGAUGAAGUUGUGUGGAAUUUGUUCAAGCCAAGAUCAUUCUUCGGAUCAUUGUCCUAAUUUAUAUCAAGAUGAAUCUGUUGCAGCCAUUUCAAGACCUCAAUUUCAGCAACACAAGUAUGAUCCCAACUCUUCAACUUAUAAUCCGGGAUGGAGGGAUCAUCCUAAUUUGAGGUAUGGGAACACAUUUUAUCAGCAGCCAACACAAAAUCAGAUUGGUCAGCCAUCAUUUCAGCAUCAGCAGAAUCAACAUUAUUUCCAGAACCAUCCAGCAGUUCAUUCUCAGCAAAAUCAGCACUUCCAGCAGCCACAAUUUCAGCAAAACUUCAACCAAAAUCAGCAAUUUCAACCAUUCCAGAAUUUUCAGCAUUCGAAUGUUGCAUUUCAGCCACAGAAUCAGCAAAACCAUUUCCAGCAAAUUCAGCAACCUAUACAGAAUUUCCAGCAGCCAAGCAGUGCGAAUCAGCAUCAAUUUCAGCUGGCACUUCCAUCUUCUACAAGUCCUAGAUCAUUGCAAUCUCAGCACAACUUUAGCAACUCGAAAAUUGAAGAUUUGAUGCAGCAAAUGAUGCAACAGCAGCAACACCAGCAAAGAACUGAUACAACGCUGCAAAACAUUGAAAGACAGAUUGGGCAACUUGCUAGCAACAUCAAUCAAAUGCAAAAUCAAGGAUCUGGACAAUUACCUUCACAACCCACUCCAAAUCCUAAGGGAAAUGUGAGUGCAUUAACUCUGCGAAGUGGUAAACAAAUUUCAGAUCCAAAACAGAAUUGUCCGAUAGAAGCGCAGCAAAAUUUUUCCAGACCAUUUGCAGAUUCAAACCUACAGAAUUCUCAUAUUUAUCCAACAAAUUCAGAGUCAACAGAAUCUGAACAGAAUGACAUUUCUGGUACUGAUCAGCUACAUUCUACGCAACCUGCAACUUCAGAAUCUACUCAAUUUGGUGGAGCAGAUUUUAGUUUGGAUUUUACCCCAACAGCAGUUUCAAAUUCAGCUCCAAAUUCUGCACAGAAUCUGGAAAAUUCUGCACAGAAUCUGGACAGCAAUAUUACCCAGCAAGGAGCUGAGUUUUCCAUUCUGUUACCUUUCCCUCAAAGAAGUGUACAACCAAGAAAAGAAAUGGAGGAAGAAAAGGCUAGGGAAUAUCAAGAAUUGGUGAAAUUGUUCAGCAAGGUUGAAGUGAAUGUUCCUUUGCUUACCAUGAUUAAGCAAAUUCCAAAAUAUGCCAAAUUCCUCAAGGAUCUUUGUGUGCACAAAAAGAAAUUGAAGGGAAAUGAAUUGAUAAGUAUGGGAAAGAAUGUUUCAGCAUUACUUCAGCCAGUUCCUCAGAAGUGUGAAGAUCCAGGAGUUUUCACCGUGCCUUGUGUGAUAGGAGAUUGUAUCUUUGAGGAUGCAAUGUUAGAUCUUGGAGCUUCUAUUAAUGUGAUGCCUAAAUCAGUUUUUCAGUCAUUAAGAAUUGGACCUUUGCAGCCUACAGGUGUAGUGAUUCAGUUGGCCAAUAGAAGUCAAGCACACCCAGCUGGAGUGAUAGAAGAUGUAUUGGUAAAAGUGAGGGAGUUAAUUUUUCCUGCAGAUUUUUACAUCUUAGACAUGGAGGGUGAUGUGCUUGCAAACAGGGCUCCGCUUAUUCUUGGACGUCCAUUCUUGAAGACUGCUAGAACGAAGAUUGAUGUGCAUGCUGGAACUCUUUCUAUGGAGAUAGGAGACACAGUGGUUAGAUUCAGCAUUUUUGAGGCUAUGAAGCAUCCUAGAGAGGAUCAUUCUAUACUUUGCUUGGAUAUUUCAGAGGAGCUGGAUGGCAUGGAGUUCUUGUCAGAUAUUGAUUCAGACUUAGAGAUUUCUGAUUUUGGUACAGUGAAUGAAUUUGUUGCAUUAUUGGAAGAUGUUUUAGAUGUGGAAUCUGAUGUCAAUUCAAGUGAAUGCGUAGGGGAUUGCUUGGGAGAAGCAUUACCCCUAGGAUCGCUCAGAGAGGAAGAGGUAUGUGUAGGGGAUUGCUCAGCAGCAUUACCCCUAGGAUCGCCUAUUAUGGAGCAGACACAAGAGGAGUUGAAACCAUUGCCCCAACAUCUGAAAUAUGCAUAUUUGGGAGAAAAUCAGCAGCUACCUGUCAUCAUAGCUCAGAAUUUGGAACCAGAUCAGGAGGAGAGAUUAUUAGAGAUUCUGAGACAGCAUAGGAAGGCCAUUGGAUGGACUUUGGCGGACAUUCCUGGGAUCAGUCCUUCCAUUUGUAUGCAUAGGAUCUAUUUGGAGGAGGAUGUGAAGCCAGUGAGACAGCCACAAAGACGACUGAACCCUUUGAUCUUGGAUGUUGUAAAGAAGGAGGUGACUAGACUCUUACAGGCUGGCAUCAUUUAUCCGAUUUCUGACAGUAAAUGGGUCAGUCCCAUCCAUGUGGUUCCGAAGAAGUCAGGGGUGACAGUGGUAGCGAAUGAAGAGAAUGAACUGGUGCCCACGAGAGUAAAGAAUUCCUGGAGAGUAUGUGUGGAUUACAGGAAGCUGAACCAAGCAAGCCGAAAGGAUCAUUAUCCACUUCCUUUUAUUGAUCAGAUGCUGGAGAGGCUGGCAGGUAAAUCCCAUUAUUGUUUUCUUGAUGGGUACACUGGUUAUUUUCAGAUUUGCAUCGACCCAGAGGACCAGGAGAAGACUACCUUCACCUGCCCUUUUGGUACAUUCGCGUAUCGUAGGAUGCCAUUUGGAUUGUGCAAUGCUCCAGGUACUUUUCAGCGAUGCAUGGUGAGUAUUUUUGGUGAUUUAUUAGAGCAUUGCAUGGAAGUAUUCAUGGAUGAUUUUUCUGUCUAUGGCUCUUCUUUUGAUGCAUGUUUGGAAAACUUGUCUCGAGUUUUAAGUAGAUGUAUCGACACAGAUUUGGUUUUAAAUUUUGAAAAGUGUCAUUUUAUGGUAGAGCAUGGCAUUGUUUUAGGUCAUAUAGUCUCUAGGAAAGGCAUUGAAGUAGAUCCUGCUAAAGUUAGCGCUAUAUCUUCUUUAUCUUACCCCGCAUGCGUGCGGGAAGUGCGAGCUUUUCUUGGUCAUGCAGGAUUCUACAGGAGAUUUAUUAGAGACUUCAGUAAGAUUGCUCUACCAUUAUCUCAGCUACUUCAGAAGGAUGUUUUGUUUGAUUUCGAUCAGAGGUGCAGAGAAGCUUUUGACAAAUUGAAGGAGGCUCUUACCUCAGCACCUAUUAUCAGACCCCCAUACUGGUCCUUACCUUUUGAGUUGAUGUGUGAUGCUUCAGAUUAUGCAGUGGGAGCUGUACUAGCACAGAGAGUGGAUGGAGCACCACAUGUUAUUUGCUAUGCUUCCAAGACUUUGGACUCAGCUCAAGCAAACUACACAACAACAGAAAAAGAGCUUCUUUCUAUUGUUUUUGCUUUAGAUAAAUUCAGAUCAUAUCUUCUUUGUUCUCAUGUGAUUAUUUUUUCUGAUCAUGCAGCUUUGAAGUAUCUCCUCAAGAAGCCUGAUGCAAAGCCUAGAUUAAUCAGAUGGAUGCUUCUGCUUCAAGAAUUCGACGUAGAGAUACGUGAUAGGAGCGGGAAGGAGAACUUGGUUGCAAAUCACUUGAACAGGAUUGAAGGAGACUUGGACCAUUCGGCCAUUGAUGAUGAUUUCAGGGAUGAGCAGCUUCUACAGCUGCAGGGUGAGUCUCCAUGGUAUGCGGAUCUAGUGAAUUUCUUAGUUGCACAUGUUUAUCCCAAACAAUUUUCAAAAGCUCAAAGAGAUAAAUUAAAAAGUGAUUCAAAAUUUUAUGUUUGGGAUGAUCCUUAUUUGUGGAAGUUUUGUAGUGAUCAAAUCAUUAGGAGAUGCAUACCUGAUUCUGAGUUUCAGUCUGUACUUACUUUUUGUCAUUCUUUUGAGUGUGGAGGACAUUUUGGACCACAAAGAACUGCUAGGAAAAUAUUAGAAUGUGGUUUGUAUUGGCCUACCCUUUUUCGUGAUGCUUAUGCUUUUUAUCGAUCAUGUGAUAGGUGUCAACGAACUGGGAACAUAGGACUUAGAAAUGAAAUGCCUCAACAAUUCAUAUUAUUUUGUGAGAUUUUUUAUGUUUGGGGUAUUGACUUUAUGGGUCCAUUUCCUACCUCUUUUGGUUUUGUUUAUAUUUUAUUGGCAGUUGAUUAUGUUUCCAAAUGGGUGGAGGCCAUUCCCACUCGGACUGAUGACUCUUCUUUUGUUGUUAGUUUUGUCAGGUCUCACAUAUUUUGCAGGUUUGGAGUACCCAGGGCGAUCAUUAGUGAUCAAGGGUCUCAUUUUUGUAACAGACACAUGAAGGCUUUGCUACAUAAGUAUGGGGUGACACACAAAGUUUCUACAUCCUAUCACCCUCAAACGAAUGGGCAAGCAGAAGUGUCUAACAGGGAGGUGAAAUCAAUUCUUGAAAAGACUGUGAGACCGGAUAGAAAGGAUUGGAGCAAAAGACUUGAAGAUGCACUAUGGGCUUAUAGGACCGCUUUCAAAACCCCUAUUGGAAUGUCCCCUUACAGGAUUGUAUAUGGAAAAGCAUGUCAUUUGCCUGUGGAGAUUGAACAUAGAGCGUAUUGGGCGGUUAAAGCAUGCAAUCUUGAUAGUGACACGGUUGGAGAAGAAAGGAAGUUGCAACUUCAAGAACUUGAAGAGAUUAGAUUGGAAGCCUUUGAGAACUCACGGAUUUACAAAGAAAAGGCCAAGAGACUUCAUGACAAACAAAUUGAAGUGAAAGAGUUUCAAAUUGGUGACAAAGUACUUCUAUAUCGAUCUCGUCUCAAAUUAAUUAAAGGUAAGUUGAGAUCUAGAUGGGAAGGACCUUAUUGUGUUACUAAUGUUUUCUUUUAUGGAGUGGUUGAGAUCCAGGAUUUGUCUACUGGUCGGGUUUUUAAAGUUAAUGGACAAAGGCUUAAAAAGUUUCAUGAAGAAGUGAAGGGCUUGGUGGUGGAGGAAAUGGAACAUAUUGAUGCUAUCUACCCGAGUUAGAGGGGAGUUUCACUUUAUCUUUUGUUUCUUUGCAAAUUAAUAAAUUUUAGGUGUAGGUAGUUUUCUUAUUUGUUUAGGUAGAAUUUCGGUUUCAUUUAGAAUUUUCUUGCAUAAAUAAAUUUUGAGUUACAUUAGUAAUUUUUAUUUUUGCAUAGUUAUAGUUUUGGAAUUUAGGUUUUAUGAUAGUUACCAUUUCUUUAAGCUUGAUAGUCUUUGUUUUAGGAAUAAAUGGUGCUUCCUUCUUUUGACAUUUCCUUGUAUCAUUUUAAGGGAUUUGAAAAGGGAUGUUAAAUUUGAUUAUCUUGUUUAAAGACUUUAUUGCAUGAAUGAACUCUAGGAUUGCAAGAGGUUGAUACUAGUGAUGGAUUCUUGAUUGAUGAAAUGGUAUGAUAACUUUUAUUUACCUAGUGAGGUUUGAGCCUAUUUGAGUGAUGCACUCAUAGCUUAUUUCACUCUAGAACUUGCUUUAAAUCUAUUUAAUACCACUAGAACAAUAUUAAGUCAUUUUCAUGAAGGUUACUCCAUUGUCACAUUGCCCUCACCUAUUUUUGCUAUUUCUCUUGUCAUAAAUCAUCAUAUCUUUAUUCUUUUCUCAUGUUUUAUUUCUUUGGAUGUGUUAUCUUGGAUGAUAUGUGAUGAUUUUAUUUUAGCCGGGACAGACAAAAGAGUAAGUGUGGGGGAGGUGUUUAGUUCGAAUAGGUGCUGGAAUUCUGUGUUUGAGGAAGCAGUGAAGGAUGAUGCUGGAAUGACAGAAAUGAAUAAGUGCAGAAUUCAAGCAUGACAGAUUUUGAAGAGAAAUGUGGAAAUUUUGUGCCAUUGCAAGGGCAGCAAGAGAAGAGGUUAAGUGUUAAUGUUAGUGAAUAAAUUGGAAUUCGGAUGCAUGGACAGUUUAAAGAACAGAAUUCUGAAGUGCAGUGCUGAAUUUGUAUCAGUUUUGUAUCAAAAACAAGAAUGCAGGAUUUAUAGUGAAGAAAGUUUAGUUGGAAUUUGAGAAGAUGUGGUAACAAAUGGUAUGCAAGAAUUUGGUGUAUUAAACAGUGAGAAAAAUGCCAGAAACUCUGAAUUAUCAGAUUCCAGCAGCAAUUGUGGCAGCACUCUCAACCGGCUGGAAAAAAAUUCUGGUAGCAGUAACUUGCUGAAAUUGUCAAUUUCAGCAACUUUCUUAGUGAUACAUUGGCUAAAACAAGAUGGAAAUCAAGCUAUUUUUUGAUUAAGUGAUUGUGAAGCUUUAAGGAAAUAAUUGUUGAAGCUUGAAACAGCUGAGAAGCAGUAAUAACAGAAGUUAUAACAAGUAACCAAUCUGAAAUGCAGAACAUGGAAAAUUUGGCAGAAUUGAAAGUGUGCAGUUUGGAAUGAAUGGAGUAUCAAGAUUUCAGGAAUGAUAUCAAGGAGAAGAAAAGCUUACAUGAAGCUUUGUAAUGUGAAGAAACAAAUGGAAUGUUAGCAUGAACAACUUCUACAAAUAUUGCAAGUCAAUUACUGAAAUCUGGAAAUAGUAUGACACUUGAUGGUAUUUGCAAAGCUGAAUUGUGGUGAAUGAGAGGAGUAAAAGAAGACAAUGACAGCUCUCAAAUUGGGAAGUGAAGCUUAAUUCAAAGAAGAGCAAAGGAAAAAAAUCAAAAGGAAAAGGUGCUGGGAUGAAAGGGAUGAGUAUAGUGCAGAAUUUUCAGAAAGUACAGAUUGUGCAGAAUAUGGUAGUUUUUGUGCCAAAUUGGGAUGAAAGUUGUGAUGAACCAAAGCUGCUGAAAAAUGGAAAGUCUUUGGAUAUGCAUUGUAAAGGUUCUGAAGAGGCAAGAUGAAGAAGUGUUGGAAAUUCUUAAGGCUUAACAGGGGCAAGUUGGUACAAAAUCAGCAUUGAAGACAAACUGAAAUCAGUAUUGGCUGUGCAGAAAUGAGUUCAAGGGUUACUGGAAUAUGGAAAAAUCUGGAAUCCAGCUGUUACUUAGUGGUGAUGAAUGGAUAACUUUCUUCUCCAGGGUUUACAAGACUUUGGACAAGAAAUCUAAUACCUAACAGAGAACAAAGCUGGAGCUGGAAACUGAAUCAUAAGUGCAGCCUGAAAUUUGGACUGUUACUGCAGUGAGAAAAAAAAAAAAGUAAAUCCAAGCUGAAAUUUUUGUGCUAUUGCAGGGAAAGAAAGUAAGCUUUACUGCCUGUCAAAUGCAGAAGAGAGUGUUGAGAGAAAAGAAGUGAACAAUUGCAACAGAAACUGCAUACGGAUCUGCUGAGUAAAGGCAGAUCAGUUUUGUGCCAAAGACAAUGUGCUAUUUUGUGCCAAACUCUCUGGAUAUUCGAAUCUGAAAUAGGGGAGUUGAAAUUAUUUUGAUCCAUUUUCAAAUGAGAUAACUUCCAAGGUUUAUCAGUGAGGCAGGUUUGGAUGGAAGUUGUUGAACAAGAACCAGAAAAAUUAAGUUAACAGAUUCAUGUUACCACUGUGCCAAUCUGAAAAUUUCAGAAUUUCAAUGUGUUGAUGAGGAAGGGAUGUAAUUCAGACCAUGAGACGAACCAAGUCAAAGAAUGUCAUAUUUGCUUGGGAAUUUUGAAAGAGCUGCAGCUGAGAAUUGAAGAAACAGAACAAUAGCAGAAAUCAAAUUCUGUUAAUCGAGGAUAUGAAUGAAAACUGUGAAACUAUAUAAUCUACACUAGAAAUGAGUGGAGUUAAAGGUAGAGUGCAGGUUGGUGUGCUACAAAGUCAAAUCAGUAUAAAAAAAACAGUGGAAAGAAGAAAUGCAGAAAUUCAUGUUUUGGUCAAAAUUGAACAUCACAUAGCAUUCUAGUUCCAUGUCUUCCACCUUGAGUUGAACCUUAUCUUUUUAUUUGCUCCAUUAGCAGCAAUUCUUUCAUUUACAUCUGAUUUCGAUCUCUUUCCCAAUGGUGGUAAAUUUUCAUGAUUAUGCAUCUUAAUAUUUGUGAUGGAGGUUAAAUUAGAUGAAAAACAAGCUUAUGGUAGUGGAUUUGAUAUGAGUAGCUUGAGUGCCCUCCACCUUUGCAAGAUUUGAGAUUAAUAGAGAGCCACCUCAAUUACCUUGGGAGAAUUAGAGUGUUAUCAUUUUCACUUUAUUCAUGAUGGAUGAAAUUUACUAAGUAUCGAACCAAGGUGAAAAUAGAGGUCAUGAAUGUGUGAGUCUAUGAAAUUUGAUACUUACUUGUAACUUCCUUUUACUUUCUUUUAGAUAUGAUCAAGAAUAGUUAGGAGAAGGAGGUACCAUCUUAGUUGAAAUUUUGGUGGGCUCACUCGCACGAGGCGUGCAAGAAUAAGUGUGGGGGAUUUGAUAGGUUAUGAAUUGAUACAUUACUUUUGGGUUAAUAUUUGGUGAUCUUUAUAUAUUUGCAUAUGUUUAAUUCCAAUUUUGAUCAUAUUUCUCCAAACAAGAUUUUUAUGAGCUUUAUGAUGUUUUUCCAUCUUAUGCAUGAUUUAUUUCUCAUUAUGUGAAUUUGGUCUUGUAGGGUACUAAUGGGUUCAUGAUUCAAGUGGAGGCAUGGUUCAUUCAACCAAAUGGAGCCCAAAACCCUAACUGAUCUGAAAUUGAGCUUGGAUUCGAGUCAAACCCCAGCUGGACCAAAACCUAGGUAUAAAAGGGAAUUUUUGGCACGGUGAACAGUGAGCUCGCGCUACUGUUCAUCGUGCCAGUUUCUUGACGGCGCGGUCGCAGCUCCCUUCCUUCUUCCAAAUCUUCGAGCAACCUUGUCCUCAUCGGCGAGGAGUUCCUCAGCUUCCAGCAACAGGUUUCCGACCUUCAGCACCUCUCCAGCGAGCGUUUUUGCAGGCGAAGUACUGUAGCGGCGAGCUGCGAUUUUAAGCUCAGACCAGCGGCGUUCUUCUGGUCUGAGUUUCCAUUCCUUCACAGAAUCAUUGGCGGUGGUCCUCCAGUGAUUCUGAACCAUUUCCGACAGCAUUUCAACGUUCCCAGCUUUCUUCAUCAGCUCGCGACGCCAUUUCCAGAAAACGCAGCAGAGAACCAUUUCAGAACUGAACUUCCUGAAAUUUUGUGAGCUAAUGCAAGGAAAUCUGAAUCGUCUUGAAGCUUAAGAACACCAGAUCGAUUUCUGUUGGAGUGUUCUCUGCAGAUUCCUUGUGUGACGGCAAGGAGAAGACAAGUUUGGUUUAAGAUUUGGUGUAGGGAUGUUUAAUUUUUCUUGCAGUUGUUUCUUAGUUUAGAUUUCUUGUUUUUGCAAAUUUUGUUUCUGAAAUUGUUUGAAGAUAGCUUAGAGUCGUUUUUAGUUUAAUUCUUAUGCACGAAUCUGCUCUUUUCAUUUCUAAACUUGGCUGUUCUGUUUGGGUUUUGUUGUUUGCAGCAGUGCUGCUGCAACCGGUUCUUUGGUUGUGACUGAAAUUCUAUUAAAACCACUUGUUAGCUGAUAA